CCAAAGUUUGUGUUCCCAAUCCUAUGGAGAAUAAAAGGCAAAGAUCAAAAUUUAACUUUUCCUUUGGUUUAUCACAGUUCACCUCCAAACUGUGUGGUAACAAAGGAAGCUGCCUUACACAUCAGGUUUUGUUGACACCGGAAGUGCCUCGCUGCCACGAUUUGAGUUUCUUUACUGGGGAAGAAUGGCUAAAUUCGUGCUUGCUGGUCAAACGGACUGUCCUUAUUAUGCCAAAGCGGAACUUUUAGCGGACGCUCUGCAGCGAUGCCUGCCGAACUUCAGAAUCCAUAAGAUCUCCAUCCUCCCAGAUGACUGGAAGGAAUGGCUGGAUACCACUUGCAAAACCAAUAACUGGAAACAUGAGGAUUCCCCUCUGAUUUGGAGGGAGCUGGUGGAGCAAGGGGGCAAAGGGAUGCUCCUGGGGGGCUUCAGUGACUUCGUGCAGCACUGUCAGGAAUACUACAACAUCACGUCUGACAUGACCAUGGAUACGAUGCUGAGUAUCGCAGCAGAGAAUCUGGAGGCCAAGCUGCUCCUCAUGGAGGAGGAGAAGCACCGCCUCAGCCUCAUCAAACCUCUCCACCUGUGGAUCAGCAGUGCUCUCAGCCCAACCAGCCACUUCCUGAUCCCCAACCUGCUCUCUGCGAAGGUGUUCCCCCUCGCUUCUGUAAUCAGCCUCCACCUCCUGGACCUGGAGGGCGACGAGGAGGACCUGCAGGGGCUGAAGAUGGAGGCUGAGGACCUGGCAAUCCCUAUGCUGCAUCAGGUGACCGUCCACACAGAUCUGGAGCAAGCCUUCCAAGGAGCGGAUGUCAUCCUGCUCCUGGACGAGAGCUGGUCUGAUGACAGCUGCUCUGAUGAGAGGUGGUCUUCUGACAGCGACGAAGCGAACGCCGAUGAGCAGGAGAAGAAAGAGAAGAGCAUAAAUGAAAUCACAGAAAUCUACAACAAGUACGGACGACUGAUCAACUCCAGGGCAAACGAGGAGGUGAAGGUGAUCGUGGCCGGGGACUCAUUUGUCAACCUGAGAUGCUCUCUCCUUUUGGACAAUGCCGACUCUAUUGAGACCCACCGAUUUGUCGCAAUGGCAACCCAUCUGGAGAAUGAAGCAAGGUCCCUACUGUCAAAGAAGCUGAAAGUUAUGGCGUCAGAUGUCACAAACGUCUACGUGUGGGGAAAUAUCAGUGGUAGUUUCUACGUUGACGUGCAGAGGACGAAUGUUUACAACUUCGAUGGGGCAAUUAUGGGACCAGCUUUCUUUUCCCAGCCCAUCCUGACCAUCUUCCACGACAGAAAAUGGUUGGACACAGAGUUUCAGGACUUGGUUCGAUGUCAGCGUGCAGCUGUGGCUGAAAAGACCUGCCAGGCAUCUGCCAUGUCCAACGCCAACGGGGUCCUCACAAUCUUGAGGGCUUGGAACGGCGAGUGCAGUCCAGAUAGAGUCUUCUCUCUGGGUGUCCUAUGUCCAGGCCGCUUCAACCUCCCAGAUGGCAUCGUCCUCUCAGUUCCAGUGACCUUCACAGAUGAUAAAUGGUCCCUGUUUGAUGUGCCUGUUGGUUACGAGCUGAACGAGAGACUUCAGGUUUCUGCGAGUGAACUCAUGCAGGAAAGAGAACCUGGAUCAGAAGAGUCUGAUGACGAGCUGGACAUCUGAGACAUUAAAACAGGAAGCCAGCUCCACAUCUCAUGUUUGUUUCAGUUUGUUCUUUUAUUCUCUUCAGUUUCACACAUGGAGUUGCAGUUUUAUUUGACCGAUUUCAUGACAACAAAUCUUUUGCUCGCUUUGUGAAACUUACCCACAGCUGUUAAAUGUCCAGAUGUAAAAGAUCAAACUGAGUUCUUUAUGGAAAAGGGAGAAAUUAGAAAAUAUAUUCCUUUUUUUUAAAGUGUACAGUUCAGUUUAAUAUAUUUGACGCAGUAUUUUAAUCAUAAAACACACGACUACCAUACACAAACUAGUCUGUUAAUAUCCUCGAAAUCCACC